CAACAACAAUGGCAAGAACCAAACAAACCGCCCGCAAAUCCACUGGUGGAAAGGCACCCAGAAAGCAGUUGGCUACUAAGGCCGCCCGCAAGUCUGCUCCUACUACAGGUGGCGUUAAGAAGCCCCAUCGUUAUAAGCCUGGAACUGUCGCUCUCCGUGAAAUCCGUCGUUACCAGAAAUCUACUGAGCUCUUGAUCCGCAAGCUUCCCUUCCAGCGUCUUGUCCGUGAGAUUGCUCAGGACUUUAAGACUGACUUGCGUUUCCAGUCUUCAGCUAUUGGUGCCCUCCAGGAGGCUGCCGAAGCUUACUUGGUAUCGCUGUUUGAAGAUACCAACCUUGCUGCCAUCCACGCCAAGAGAGUAACCAUCCAGCCCAAGGAUAUCCAGUUGGCCCGUCGUCUCCGUGGUGAACGCUCUUAAGGUGUAUAAGUAUUACGUUACGUAGACUUUAUCUCCCUUUCAGACCAACUUAAGUAGACAUGUCCCAAAAUCUACUUUAUUUUAUUAUUUGAUAUAUUAUCCAAUUAUUGAAGUCAACAAAGCUUUCAAAUGUCUUCCAUUUUAUUAUGUGUAU